AAAGAAGGAAUUGAGAAGAUUAUGGAAGAGAAUGACCUGGCCGAGAAGGGAUUUGAAAUCAAGGAUAUUGUAUGGCUAAAGAAGAAGGAUAGCCCGCUAGGAAAGUCCGCAUCUAUAGGCAUCUGGCUAAAUACACCGGAGGCAGCAGAAUCCAUCAUCAGCAAUAGCCUCCUAGUUAGACAAAGAUAUAUUGGAAGUGUGGAACCCUACAAAGUUGAACUAAAAAGAUGCUACUGCUGCCAGAAGUUUAGCCACCUAGCUUGGUCAUGCAAGGAACAGACUGUAAUGGGGAACAUCCUACUAGGCACAAAAGAUCUGGUGGCCAUCAAAGUAUGGACUGCAGAGAUACAGUUCCUUAUCUUCUCAGUUUACAUCCCGCCACUAGAUGUACACCAAGCCACUAGCACAACCUCUACUAAAUCAGCACUGAAAGAAAUUGAAAACACUAUUGAACAGCACACCAGGGAAUCUAAUAAAUCCACAAGGCUGAUACUAGUGGGAGACUUCAACCGACAUCAUCCUACAUGGAGCCACCGCUCCAUCAGCCAUGUUUUCACCGCUCAAGCGGAAGAGCUAAUUAACUUCUUCCAAGAAUAUCAGCUUCAAUGGUGCUUACCCCCAGGGACCCCAACAUACUGGUCACCAAGCCACCCAGGGAAGACAUUAGUUCUUGACUUGACACUCACCAAUGACCCAACCACACUGAUCAAGUGCCAGCUCUACCAUGAUAACUAUGGAUUGGACCAUCGUGGAACAUACUCCGAAUGGGACCUGCGACCAGAACGCAAUGAAAAUGCAAAACCCAAGAGAGCAUACGACAGAGCUGACUGGGCUAAAAUUGGCCAAAGACUGGUUGAGUCGCUCGGUCAAGCACUGGAAAUACACUCCACUAUAGACCUUAACAAUGAA